AUGGGUCUGGUGAAGAGCUGUGACUUCACAGAUUACUGGCGAGGGGGGAACCUGUACAGCUUGUCGUUCCCAAAACGGGUUAUGACUGGGGGGAGGUUCCUGAUGAUCACCCGGGCCCUUCAUCUGAGCAGCACAGUGGCGGAUGAUGCCAAUCGGCAGAGGAAAGGCACAGCAGCCUACGACCGCCUCUGCAAAAUCAGGCCACUCUAUGAUCAGAUGAGGGACGCCUGCAGGAGAAACUUCCACCCUGACCAGGAAAUUUCCAUCGACAAGAGGAUGGUUGCCUCCAAAGCCCGUAAUGGCUUGAAGCAAUACAUGAAGAAUAAACCUGUGAAGUGGUGGUACAAGCUCUUUGUUUUGGCCGACUCAAAGAGCGGUUACACAUGGGACUUUUUCGUGUAUGAGGGGAGGUCCCACGGAAACUCCGGCAUGGGACUCAGUUAUGAGUCUGUGAUGGAGCUAGUGGACACGCAGUUGCUGGGCACUGGCUACAAGCUGUAUGUUGAUGAUUUCUACAGUAGUCCUACCCUUUUCCGGGACCUUCUCCAGAAGAAGAUCUGGGCUUGUGGAACCAUCCGCACUAACAGAAUUGGCUUCCCAAAGACAAAAGAGAACAGUCUGAAUUCCAAAUCUCCCCGUGGCAGCCUACGCUGGUUGAGGAAGGACUCCCUCCUUUUCAUCCAGUGGAAAGACACGAGGGAUGUCUUUAUGUGUUCAGCACUCCACACCGCCUAUUCAGGGGACACAGUGCGCAGGAGGGUGAAAGGUGCAAAUGGGCAGUGGAUGGUGAAGGACGUCUCUGUGCCACCAUGUGUGAAGGAUUACAACCGGUGCAUGGGUGGAGUGGACCCGUCAGAUGCCCUGAUGGGCUAUUACAAGGUCAUCCACAAGACCCAGAAGUGGUACCAGACUUUUUUCUUCCACUUUAUGGACAUUGCCAUUGUAAACGCCUUCCUCCUACACAAAGCCAUCGCCACUGGAAAAGGGGAGAAGCCGAUGACCCAGAAGGCUUUCAGGGAGACCCUCGCCGAGCAGCUGGCACAGGUGGGCUCUGCUUCCACAGUCAGACCCGUACCGCCGCCUCCUCCACCUGGAACACAUCACAGGCCAGUGCACAUCACUGGGAACAGCACGACCAGACAGCUGAAGUGCAGGCUGUGUUGUGCAAAAACACCAGUGAAGUGCACCGCCUGUGAUGUAGCUUUGUGCUUUGUGGUGGGGCGGGACUGCUACAAUGCCUGGCAUGUUGAAAACAUCCUAUGA